AGCAGCCCCGAGCCAGCGCUGCCCCCCGGCGCCCCUCGCCCCGGAGCCGCCCCACCGCUGAGGUAGCGCUGCGGGCGGGAAAGCUCGGCGAGAAGCGUUCGGCUCCGCCGAGGCCCUUAAAGCCGAGGGACUUUUCGUCAGGAGGAGAGGAGAGGAGAAGAGACUGAGGCUGUGAGAGGAGCAAAUUGCAGGGGAAGGGAGAGAUUGUGGCAAACUUUCUAGCUGCUUCUGCGUGCUGCUACCUCAGUGGUGGGAGUGUCUGGCCAUAAGGAGCUGCAAAACGCAAACCUAAGAGCCCUGAGGCUCCAGAAAAGACUUCCAUCUGCCUUUAGAGGAGAAACUGCCCGCAGCGAACGCUUUUGCGUACACAGCUUUGUAGAUCACUGGUGUCCACGCCUCCAGUACUAGAACCUCAGUUUGGUUGAUUGGUAGUCACUGGAAUCUUGGUGAAGAAAGAAAGAAUUCCACAGAACUGGUAAAAGUUGGAUUAUACCAAUAGUCAACUAAUACCCUUGAAGCUUUUCCAUUCUAUCUGGGUGAUACAGCUCUGGAGGAAAGAAAGAUUUGUCCUCACAACUUCCUUUACAGUAUCUGAACAGUGAAAGCACAAUGAACACUUUUUAGAAUUUUACAGAAAUCAUCCAGGAACAAGAACAUUGGACUUCGAGGAGUAACAGGCUUCAGAGAGCCCAGAUAUUGGUCACUGAUUUGUCCAUAGGGGUUGGGGAUGAAUACCAUAGAGACAGCAAAGCUUGAAGAGCAUAUGGAGGGUCAGAACAAUGACACUUCUAAUGGCUACUCACGACCUACUCUCUCAGUCAGUGAAGAGAACAAAAAUGGCACCAGCAAACCAAAGGGGCUGUCUAAUGGCUUGCGGAAAACAUCCAAGAAAUAUCCUGAUUACAUCCAGAUUUCUAUGCCUGCAGAGUCUAGGAACAAAUUUCCUCUGGAAUGGUGGAAAACAGGCAUUGCCUUUGUCUAUGCUCUUUUCAACUUGAUUUUAACAACUGUCAUGAUCACUGUGGUCCAUGAGAGAGUACCUCCAAAGGAACUAAGCCCUCCCUUGCCUGACAAAUUUUUUGAUUACAUUGAUCGUGUGAAAUGGGCUUUUUCUGUAUCAGAAAUAAAUGGAAUGAUACUAGUUGGCUUAUGGAUACUCCAAUGGUUGUUCCUUAGGUACAAAUCAAUAGUGGGACGCAGGUUCUUUUUUAUAAUAGGAACUUUGUAUCUCUACCGCUGUAUUACCAUGUAUGUUACCACCUUACCUGUGCCUGGGAUGCAUUUUCAGUGUGCACCAAAGUUGAAUGGAGAUUCUCAGGCCAAGGUUCAGAGGAUCCUGCGACUCAUUUCUGGUGGUGGUCUCUCCAUAACUGGAUCACACAUCCUGUGUGGAGACUUCCUCUUUAGUGGUCACACUGUGGUAUUAACUCUGAUCUACCUGUUCAUCAAAGAGUAUUCACCACGUCAUUUCUGGUGGUAUCACUUAAUCUGCUGGCUGAUGAGUGCUGCUGGCAUCAUUUGUAUCCUUGUUGCCCAUGAACACUACACCAUAGAUGUCAUCAUUGCUUACUAUAUCACCACACGGCUUUUCUGGUGGUACCACUCCAUGGCUAAUGAAAAGACUUUAAAGGUUUCUUCGCAGACAAAUUUUCUCUCUCGAGCGUGGUGGUAUCCAAUAUUUUAUUUCUUUGAGAAGAAUGUGCAAGGCUCUGUUCCUUGCAGCUUUUCCUGGCCAGUAUCUUGGCCUCCCAGCUGCUUCAAAUCUUCCUGCAAAAAGUAUUCACGGGUUCAGAAGACAGGAGAAGACAAUGAAAAAUCUACCUGAAGAAAGGCAGGAAAGCAUCUGCUCUGUUUCUUUACCAAAACAUUAAUGCUGUAACCAAAGUUCUUAAGAGGACUACACUGUAACUGAAAAAGUGGACCAAGCUUCUGUGCAAUGGAUUGGAAAGACAGUUGUAGAUGCAGGAAUUGCCAUUUCAUGUGUUUUCCUAUCAUCAGGCUGUGCAGACCUGUUCUACUCUGCAGUGCUUAUAGUAUGCACCACUGAUGGGAUUUUUUUUUUUUAAUUAAAGACAAGAUGGAGCAGGACUUUGCUGUACUAAGGAGACAGAGGUGCCAAAGACCACAUUAACACUUUUCAUUAUUAUCUCUCACUCAUCCACAGAAGCACCCUAAAAUCUCAUCUUCAGAGUUCUGGAGUGCAGAAGGGCAAAAACAUGAUGAAAUGUAAAGGCACAGUAUCAGAGGAUUGAGGUAUAUAAAAAACACAAUUCUGGGAAGUGGUUUGUUGGAUUAUUCUUGCUAAUAUAGUAAGGUCUUUGUGAGACUGGUACAGCUGGGAGCAAGUCUUGACCUUUUUGUACUCUGUGGAUAUGAAUACCUUAUGACCCUACAAUGCUACUUGCCACCAUUCUUUCCCAUAUAUUCUGCUACAUACCAAUUUUUACAUUUUUAUUAGUAAUUUUAUAUUUAAACUUGAACUGCCUGAGGGCUUUACAAAUUAGGACUAGCUGCUAACAUCAGAGCUCAAGGAAUAUAAAAUUUUGAAAAAGGACAGAGUUGCAAAAUCUAAAUCUCUAAUUGCAGCUUGGCCUUGUGUAUAUAGCUAUACAGUGCCUGUUGGUGUAUGUAUAUGUAUAUACACACAGGCACACAUUGUAGUUCAACACACACUAAACAAAAGUGCUUACUGGAAAGUGUGAUUGUACAGUUCUUAAUUCAGGCAAAAGUCCUACAGAUCUCACCUGCUUGAGGAAUGCAAAGCCAGGUCCAAAAUGGGGCUAUAUUUAAAAUAAACCUCUUGAUUUUAGUAGUUCUUGCCAAAACUAUGUAGCAAGGUUGCCUGAGAGCCAUAGUUGUGCAUUGGAUUUCAGUUUUACAUCUUGGCACAUUUUUCUGGGACUUAAUUUAAAAAAAAAACCAACCCAGAACGUGCCAAGGUGAAUACCUACAGGAAUAACAUUUCUGCAGUUAUUACCUUAUUACCUAAAACCAUUUCAUAUUAAUUGACACUGGUAGAACUCACAUGCAGAUUCCUUUCCCUCCCAUCCUUCCCCCAGGCUUCACUCCAACCAAGAUGGAUAUUUAAGGAAGUUGGCUGAGAAUGUGGGAAAUUACCACGAAAAACCUGUAACAAAAGCUCCAAUUAAUGCCUACCUGGUUCC